AUGGCUGUAAAUCAUAGCGAAGACUUUGACCACUCUUUCGAGAUAUUUGAUCCAAUAGUGCACUCCAUAUCAGACUCGAUGUCUAUUGUGACCAUUCCUGAAGACAAGAAAAGUAACGUCAACUCAAAUCUCACUGUAAGUGACCAUCAGAUCCACGACAUGCCGACAGCUCUGCAAAUGAGUGCAACCAAUGCUACCAACGAUUCCGACGAUUAUCGUCCGUUGGACACAGAGUUGGACACAAGACGUAUGGAGUCGAUCGCAAACUCACUGCCGAGUUAUCAACUAAUCCAAGAGCAGGAACUGAUGGCCCACAGGAUGUCCAACAGUUUCGCCGACGAAAGGGCCGCUUCUCUGAAGUCAAUGACAGAUAACUUGUCGCGCAUUGAGGACAACGUGAAGAGCUGUUCCGCGCGAAUGGACAAUAUAUUGGCCAACAAUCUGGAGCUCUAUCUGAAGGAACUGAGGGAUGAAAACGAGAAACUGAAGACAGAGCUCGAGAAGAACAACGAGUUUAUGAAACAACAGCUCAAGAAUCUGCACGAAUGGCAGUCCAAGAACAGUGAGAUCAUCGAAGACCACAAACGAGUGGCUCAACAGUCGAAGCAAUUGGUCGAAGAGAACGGCCGUCUCGUGGAUGAGAACCACAGACUCAACGAUAGAGUGUCUGAUUUGGAAGGUAUGGCCGGUUUGAAGCUCGUCGAAGAGCUCUCCACAGAAGUGGCGACACUUCGGUCCCGAUGCGAGCAAAUGGCUUCGUAUGAGAAGCUGGACGUGACAUCGGAGCUGAAGAGCCAGGAGUUGAGUUCGCAUUUGGUUGAGUCGCAGAUGAAAGUGGACGCCAUGGCUGACGAGAUCAACGCACUGAAGGCUAAGCUGAGCGACAGCGCCGCCAAACUCGAGACAAUGUCGGCCAUGAAGUCACAGCUACUGGUCUUCGAGCGCGACUUCAAACUCGAAGAGAUGUCUAAAUUGGCGGCACUUAAGGAAGUGACAGAACUCGAGGCCACUGUCGAGGAGCUGAAGAAGAAGUUGAGUGACGCGGAAGAGAGGCUCGAAAAGGGAGCGCCGACUGUAGAGCUGAAGGAGGAGUUGACGGUAGGGAAGGGCCGCAGACGGAGUAGACAUUCGGGAAGGCUGUUUCAAGCAAUACAAAACCACUACAGACAGUGUCUAGACGAAGACGGACUCUUCAUUUGAUCAUCGGAUCCAACCAUUUGUUCCGUUAUCUCAUCUAUUCUGUUGACAUAUUUAUACUCAUGUCUUGAAUUCAAUUCAAUUAUUAUUCUUAAUUAUUAUUAUUAUUAAUAUAUUUAUGACUAAAAUUUUAUGUAUAUUCCAAGCGUUAAUCGAAAAUAUAACUCCAAUUUUGUAGCCAAA